GGGAGAUUUCUGCCGCGCCACGUGAUUCAAGUUUGGCUCAGUUGCACAACCGUGUUUGUGUGAACGCGUCUUCCAUUUAAUCUGAUCCCAAACUGACUUUAUUAAACACCUGUUGAUACAGAAAGUUUCGGUCGCUUUUGACUUGUUAUAAAACUCGCAUCCAUGUCUUUCUGCUCGUUCUCUGGAGGGGAGGUUUACAAAGAUCAUUUUGAAACGGGUAUAUAUGUUUGUGCAGAAUGUGGACAUGAGCUGUUCUCCAGCAGGACUAAAUAUGAGCAUUCAUCACCCUGGCCAGCCUUCACAGAAACCAUCCAUGAGAACAGUGUGUCUAAACACGAGGAGAGAUGGGGUGCUUAUAAGGUUAAAUGUGGUAAGUGCGGGAAUGGUCUUGGCCACGAGUUUGUAAACGACGGACCCAAACAUGCCUCACGCUACUGAAUAUUCAGCAGCUCUCUGAAGUUCGUUCCUAAAGUCAAGAAUGAACAACAGUAGAGCAAGAUGUUGGCUAAGAGUGUGAGGAUGUGUCAGUAAGAGUGUAUGGAGAAGCUCUGAUGUGUUCGUCAUGUGGGUGAUGAAUGAAAUGCUCUGAUGAAAAGCCCACAGAGGGAUGUUCAGAGUGCUGAUGUAUUAACAACCACAUAGGAAACAUUCAAAAGCUUUCUCCCAUAAAACUGCUACUACCAGUCAAUACGCACAUAUGCUUUUCCAACCAUGCACAAAAUCUUUUAAUCUCAUUUAACCUGUUAUAGAUCAAUAGACACUGUUUAAAGUCUCAAUUAUUACUUGUUAACUUUAGAAUCACAUGCUAUUUUAACCAUUUCUGCAGUACGGCAAAAUACCUUUGGACAUUGAGAAACUUUUUCUGGCAGAAAAUAUUUAUGAGAUUUUAUUUGCAACCUUUACAUCUUGAAAUAAUGUAUGUAUUAAUGUGUUUAGAACAAUACCAAAGGUUUUGUCUUGGAAAUCAUUGCUCUUUCUGCAGUUUGUGUGCUCUUUAAAUGCAAGCUACAAAGAAUUCAAUCAAUAAACUUGUGCUUGUCUUGCCUGUAAACUGUUGCAUUUUUCUGUUGUUACUCACUGACAGAAUUUUAGAGGCUGCUUAAAGUCUAAAGUCCUAUUUAAAGAUCUACUAUAAAAGUCUUGGUAAGUAAAUGGUUUGCGUCAAUGAAUAUGUAAUGUAACCCCUGAUCUAUAUAUAUAGGUCAGUGAAUGUAACAUUUUGACACUUUGAACCUACAAAGUGCAUUCACAGUUUCUGUAGAGGUGACCGUCAGUAAAAAGGAACAUGUAAAAUGAUUUUUUAUAUGAAUAUUAAAGAAAUGGUUC